AUGUCGCAGUGGAACAACUCUUACUCCUACAAUGGUCAAUACCAAGCUAACGGCUGGAACCGAGAUGUUAAUGGCCAAUAUUCAAAUUCACAGUAUUAUAAUAACAGGCAAGAUUCAAAUAAUCAAUAUGUGAGCUUCAAUGAGUUCUUAACUCAAAUACAAGGCGACAGUGCAUCAGUCCCGGGCAAUUCGGUUCAUUAUAAUAAUGUAAGAUAUGAAAACUAUCCCACCACUCAAUACAAUUAUCAAAACAUGCCGUCUACUUCACAGAAUAGAUCACUAGAUAGCUACAAUUAUCAAACAAACGUGAACCCAAGGAAUCCCCAACAGUACCAAAUGAAUAUGCAGAAUCAAUAUGUGCCAUCUGAAAGCUAUAAUAAUGAAAUUAUACUAAAAUCUAACUUAACACCUACUGCAACAGAAUUUGUACCAAAGAGUAUGGCUAAACAGAUCACUGGUCACCAAAGUUUAUCAGAACCUGCAACUAAUAAUGUUAAGCAUAAUGAUGCAAACUGGAGAGAAAGAGAGAGUUUACAACAAAAUGGUGAAAUUGUAACUAAUCAGGUUUCUGAAAAUAACAAAAGCCAAUACUCCAAAACUCAAAACAGGGUACCUAAUAGCCAAGAUAAUGCGCAUUCAAGUGAAUCCAAUGUUAAAGUUAACGAACCAAGGCACAGAAAUGGACAUCGUAACAAUGAGGCUAAUGGUAGUUACUACAAUCAUAAUAAUCAAAGUGAAAGUAAAUCUCACAGUAAUGAAAUAAAUAACCAUAGUGAUUCGAGUAGUAGAUACUAUGAAAAUCAAAGAAAUUAUGAUAGGAAUGAGAAGAAAAUCAUAUCAAAGACGAAUCCCAAAUCAAAACCAAGAGAUGCAGAUGCUCGUACAUUCUACAACAGUUCCGUUACUAAGGACAGUCAAGAUGUUCGGAAUGGAAGAGGUGAGAGUUCUGGCAGGCAAAGGAAUUGGGCUGGAAGUCAAAGAAUCAAAUCUUCAGAGAAGUCAACUCCUGAAGAUGAGCAAUAUGCUACCUCAUACACUCAACAGAAACAGGAGAAAGUAGAGAGAAAUAAAACAGAGAACAUUCCAAGCCCAAACAGGUUUAGAAGCAAAAAUAUUGAACAAGCAAUAAACAAAGAAAUGACACAAAGGGAACGCCUGACUGAUCAAUUAGAAAAAGGAACAUUAGAGUGUCUAGUAUGUUGCGAGAGAGUAAAACAAACAGAAUCCGUGUGGUCGUGUGGCAACUGCUACCAUGUACUCCAUCUUAGGUGCAUAAGAAAAUGGGCAAUGAGUAGUUUGGUCGAGGGUAAAUGGCGUUGCCCGGCUUGCCAAAAUUCUAAUGAGACGAUUCCAACUGCGUGCCGGUGCAUGUGCGGCGCGAUACGGUCGCCUGAAUACCAGCGAGGUGUGUGCGUCGCCCACACGUGCGGGAAGCAAUGCCGUCGCUCUCGCGCCUGCCCACAUCCAUGUACUUUAUUAUGCCACCCUGGACCUUGUCCACCGUGCCAAGCCACCGUUACAAAAGAAUGUGGCUGCGGUGCCGAAAAUCGAUCAGUGAUGUGCAGCAGCAAGCUACCGCAAGUGUGUGGGCGUCCUUGUCAACGCAUGCUACAGUGCGGCGUACACAAAUGCAUGAAGGAAUGUCACGAGGGUCCCUGUGAAGACUGCACCGAGUCUGUUACACAAGUGUGCCAUUGCCCGCUGGCGAAGACUCGUGAGGUCCCGUGCCGCGUGGAGUCGUCGUGGUCGUGCGGCGGCGCGUGCGGGCGCGUGCUGUCGUGCGGCGCGCACGUGUGCCGGAGCACGUGCCACGAGCCCCCCUGCCCCCCCUGCGACCUGCUGCCUGCCGCGCUCAUCACAUGUCCGUGCGGGAAGACUAGAAUACCAAAAGACAAACGCAAGUCGUGCACGGAUCCGAUCCCGUUGUGCGGAAACAUCUGCGCCAAGCCGCUGCCCUGCGGCCCGGCCGGUGACAAACAUUUCUGCAAACUAGACUGUCAUGAAGGUCCUUGUCCAGUUUGUCCUGACAAGACCUUACUGCCGUGCCGCUGUGGUCAUUCGAACCGCGAGGUUCCGUGCGCUGAGCUACCGGACAUGUAUAACAAUGUGUUCUGUCAGAAGAAAUGUAAUAAGAAACUGUCGUGCGGUCGGCACCGUUGCCGCGCGUGCUGCUGCGCGGACCCGCAGCACCGGUGCGGGCUCGUGUGCGGGCGCUCGCUCGCCUGCCAGACGCACCGCUGUCAGGACUUCUGCCACACCGGACACUGCGCGCCGUGCCCCACGCUCAGCUUCGAGGAGCUGAGCUGUACGUGCGGGCGCGAGGUGCUGCUGCCGCCCGUGCGCUGCGGCACGCGGCCCCCGCCCUGCAGCGCGCCGUGCCGCCGCGCGCGCCCCUGCGAGCACGAGCCGCUGCACUCGUGCCACACCGGGGACUGUCCGCCCUGCGUCGUGCUCACCACCAGGACCUGCCACGGCGGACACGAGGAACGAAAAACCAUCCCGUGUUCGCAAGAAGAGUUCUCGUGCGGCCUCCCGUGCGGCAAACCUCUCCCUUGCGGUAAACAUACCUGCAUCAAGGUCUGUCACAAGGGACCGUGCGAUGCCGGCAAGUGCAUCCAGCCGUGCAACGAGAAGCGUGCGAGCUGCGGGCACCCGUGCGGCGCCGCGUGCCACUCCGGCGCGGCGGGCGGCGCGGGCGCGCUGUGCCCGAGCGCGGCGCCGUGCCGCCGCACCGUGCGCGCCACGUGCCCCUGCAAACGGAAAUCGGCCGAGAGACCCUGCUUCGAAAACGCACGGGAUUACGAUAAAAUGAUGAGUGCUCUUGCGGCCACCAAGAUUCAAGAGGGGGGCUCUGUUGAUUUGUCCGACGCACAGCGCGCCGUCAAUAUGCUCAAAACGCUGGAGUGCGACGACGAGUGCCGCGUGGAGGCGCGCACGCGGCAGAUGGCGCUGGCGCUGCAGAUCCGCAACCCGGACGUGUCCGCCAAGCUGGCGCCGCGCUACAGCGAGCACGUGCGCGCCACCGCCCAGCGCGAGCCCGCCUUCGCCUACCACGUGCACAACCAGCUCACCGAGCUCGUGCACCUCGCCAAGAAGUCGAAACAGAAGACUCGCUCGCACUCGUUCCCGUCGAUGAACAGACAGAAGCGGCAGUUCAUCCACGAGCUGUGCGAGCACUUCGGCUGCGAGAGCGUGGCCUACGACGCGGAGCCCAACAGGAACGUGGUGGCCACUGCCGACAAGGAGAAGUCGUGGUUGCCGGCGAUGAGCAUAAUGGAGGUGUUGUCGCGUGAGGCGGGCCGGCGGCGCGUGCCCGGCCCCGUGCUGCGGACCGCGCACUCCUCCGCCGCCUCUUCAGGCUCGACGACCUCCUCCUCCGCCGCUAACAAGUCGCCAGGCGGUUGGGCGACGCUGACGUCAUCGAACGCCUGGGCGUCGCGCAGUCAGCCCAAGCAGACGGCGGCCGAACCCAAGAUCGAUUACUUCGACAAUCCGCCAGAAAAUUAGCUGAAAACGUAACAACGAGUCCAUUGAAUUAUCCAAUACUACUGCAUACUACAACAUUAACACGUCGAACGCUUUUCCACUCACCGGUGAGCCUAGAGUACUAAUAUAAAUCAUUCGAGCCAAUACGAAAUCAGGGAAUCGGUAAUUUUUGAUCAACUUGAGAAUUUUUGAUAAACGAUAUCAACUUGAGAUUUUCAUUCUAAAAUGUAUAAAAUACGAUAAUUUGUAUGGAUGAUAAAAAUUAACGACUUUUACCUGACGUCUAGUUUUUAACAUAUGUAUUUUAAAAGACUUGUUAAUAAAUACAAGUUUCUAUUGAAUUUUAAAAUCACGUCGUUAGAUUCGACUAAAGGGCCACGCGGCUCACUUCUGUUUCACGUUCGCGUUUGCCUACGUUUGCCGCUAGGGGCGCUGUUUCAACUACAUACAAAUUUGAGUUAACUUUUACGCUAUCGAGAACGCUAAAAAAACUCGCACUAAGCACACUGUAGCUCGUAGGACGCGCUUACGUUGAAACCCUUACGCGGCUCACGAGUGACCCUCACGGCCCAAACGGUUCAGUAGGAUAAGGCUCACCGGCAAGCAAUACGUGAAUGAAAGUACUCGAUUUUUCAUAAGGCGUUCAACGUGUUAAUAGGCUGCUGCGGAUAACUGAUAACAACAACCGAGUCACGUCGGUUCGAUCCUGGUCGUAGAUUUAUUUAAUACGCGAAUGCGCUGUGUAUGGUAUGCCCAAUAUUGGCACCCCGUUGGCAUAAUUUUGACAUCGUCAAUAAAUGUGUUCGAUUAAGUGAUAUCGGCCGUUUUACAAACUCAUUUAAACUUAUAAAAUAUAUCGAAUAUUCCAUUGUGUGUUUUUGAAUAAACUCGGAUAUAUUAUACAAUAAAAGUAUCUGAAUAAAUAAUAUUUAUUUGUAAAUCAGUGCACGCGAGUAACGUCGGUAGUGAUUUUUAUAUCUUGUGUAUGUGUAAGAUAAUCUUAAAAUUUAAUUGAACAUGAAAGAGUUUGGAAGAUAAUAUUAAUUACGUUGUCUUUCACUAUAUGGCAUAUCCGAAAAAUAAAAUUCUAUUAUAUGGAACAGAUAAUACACAUUAUAAUAUCAAUUGAUGACGUCACAUUGCUCAUGCUGGUGACCUUGAGAAGCUGGUUGUGGUCCUUCGACCGAUCACCCAUUAUUUUAGAGUUUGUAAGGACUAUUGUUUACGGUGUUUUGAUUUUAGACGAUAACGCUACCCGCAAUCUUUGUGUUAACAAAACCUUCUUCCUCGCGUUACUUAGAAAAUUUAUGAUGAACGAAAUUAGCUCUUUUGAAAAAUAGUCUAAAAUAUAAUAAAAGAAGCGUGCGAUAAAAAGAAAUCUUCAGAAAUAAUUCACUUUAACCUAAACCACAGCCUAUAUAUGUUUGUCUCUUUCUAGUGUCGCUUUUUCGUUUCAUAGAGUUUCAUAUGACAACAGUGCGCUUCGAAACAACGAAAUUUUAAUUAAAACAUUGAUCUUUUGUUUACAAACUUUGUGUGAAGCGAUAAUGCAGUCUAAAUUUGAAUUAACUGCUUUGAUAUCCUUCAAACUGAAGCCAUUGCUUCGUAGUAGAACAGUGGUACCAACGCCACGCCUACCAGUAAUCAAGGUUCGAAUUGGAGGAGCUAGGUAGAAAUUAGAGCCAUUUCUAUGGACGAUGGAAAUAAUUUACAAAUUGUAGGAAUAACUACAGGCUAUUGAAAUCGCAUACACCAAUACCUCUUGAUAAUUAAAACAGACAAUAAUUAAUGAAUCUCUGGCCUAAAGAUAACAUAUUUAAUUAUUCUUAUCGUAAUGUAAUCUGAGAGGUUUCGGUCUGUGUUUGAGUUUGACAUAUUAUAUGAUUUUAUACGAACUAGUAUUCGCCCAGUGAUCGAAAUUAGACAACAAUUACUAAUAGGUACCUAAAGGCUUAAAUUUUUGUAUGACAUGUUCUCUUUUAUUUUGAUAUUAACAAAAAAAUAUACAAAAAAAACAUUAUUGUUUUUUUAAUGGUCGUCAAUAGCUACAAAACAAAAAAAUCGGUUAAGAAACACCAGGAGUUUUUUUUUUACUGACCGCUAUUAAUAUUAAUAGUAAAUGUUUUGUCUCUACUUAUUUAUUAUAGAAAUUAAAGACGCAUUAGGAAGAGUUGAAUAUGUAAUUGUUAAAUCUACUUAAUUUAAAGGUGUUGCCGUAUAGUUGAAACAUGGAUACCAGAUCACAAGGUUAAACUUAAAAAACCGAAAAAAUAUUUGUAAUAAAAAAUGGAAGUGUAAAACGCUUCGCAUAAUAUUCCAAUCGCGUAAUAUGAAAACUGGAGAAAACAGUACUUAACUAUUAUUAUUUGUCCGCGGACAUAUUAAUAGUGCGCUCGGCAAAAUGUGAAUCGUUAACUUUCCGAAAGGAAAAAAUAUCCUAUUAAUCCAAACACACAUUACUUGUUCGAUCUUGAACAAUCCGAUUCAAUGUUUAUAUUAAAGGCAGUGGCGCACCGGCUGCAUUCGUCUAUAACAGUGAUCCUCAACCACUGUUCCGCGGCACUUUUGUGUGCCGCCAAAUUUCAAAAGUGUGCCGCCAAAUUUUGCGAAUAUAUAAUAAUGUUAAUAUUAUUAA